AUGUGGAUCAUCAACUGGUUUUACGAUGUUCUUGCUUCGCUUGGUCUGUUGAACAAGCAUGCUAAGCUUCUUUUCCUCGGUCUUGAUAAUGCUGGCAAAACGACACUGCUGCACAUGCUAAAGAAUGACCGUGUCGCCGUCCUUCAGCCUACCGCACACCCUACUUCUGAGGAGCUUGCCAUCGGCAACAACCGCUUCACCACCUUCGAUCUGGGUGGUCACCAGCAGGCCCGCCGUCUCUGGAAGGACUACUUCCCCGAAGUCAGCGGCAUCGUCUUCCUAGUCGACGCCAAGGACUACGAGCGCUUCCCCGAAUCCAAGGCCGAGCUCGACGCCCUCCUCGCCAUGGAGGAGCUCUCCAAGGUCCCCUUCCUCGUCCUCGGAAACAAAAUCGACCACCCCGACGCCGUCAGCGAGGAUGAGCUCCGUCACCAGCUUGGUCUGUACCAGACUACUGGCAAGGGCAAGGUUCCUCUCGAGGGUAUCCGGCCCAUCGAGGUGUUCAUGUGCAGUGUUGUCAUGAGACAGGGAUACGGCGAGGGCAUCAGAUGGUUGUCCCAAUACGUCUAA